AUGGAGCCAGCAUGGAAAUCGUACAUGAAAUCUUUGGAGGAUGACUGGACAAGCAUAGCCGAUCCCGCGGAACGGAAGCGAGUGCAGAACAGGCUCUCUCAACGGGCAAGACGUUCUAAGCUUGUCGUCAGGCGUAGCAGGCUCCCAGAACAGUGUUCCUGCCACAACGGAGGAAAUUCCGACGCCACCAGUACGGGUAAUCCGACACUCGAACCUAUCGCCUUCUCUCCAGACUGGAAUACGCUCGCUCCGCUCAUACCAGACAUCACCGUUCCAGGUCAAGUGGCCCCUGACCCCACAGUUGACAAUGCGUUCUUGCUCGUUCAUCGUAUGAGCACCACGGACGCAUUUACCUGCAUCGGCAAUGUCCUUAAGCUGGCGUGCGAGCAAGAUACCGGCUUCAAUGUCCGGGAGCUCAGCUGCAAUCUUCCACCAGCUUUGGUGCCGACCACCAAGCAACUCAUGGUCCGACACAAGCCCUACAUCGAUAUGUUGCCGUGGCCUUCAAUGCGCGACAAGAUCUUGGACCCGGUCGUCCCGGUCGAUGAACUCCAGUUCAUAGCCGACCUUUUGGCAAGUGACUUGCAGUUCUGGGGCACCACGCCGUGGGACCUGAUAGGGUGGGAGAUUGGACCAAGAUUUGCCAACAAGUGGUGGUUCUUGAUAGACGAAGGGAUGAUACACACUACUAACUACUGGAGGAACCAAAGGGGACAACAGCCAUUGCCACUGGCUCCGCUGCGCAUAAAUGCGACGUGA